AAUUACAUUUUGCAUAAGAUUCACUCAAUAUUUAUUGAAGAAUAAAAAGGUGAUUAUGAAUAUUUUACAGUACAGUCAGAAUAUUGUGUGUGUGUGUAAUUAAUAAAUGAGUAGGUUAUGUGCUUAACGUAUAUACUCCUUUGAAAGCGAUAAUGUUGAGACCAGUUGGUACGCACGGUCCCAUGGUGUAAUGGUUAGCACUCUGGACUUUGAAUCCAGCGAUCCGAGUUCAAAUCUCGGUGGGACCUGGACACAUUCUUUUUUUUAAUUUUUUCUAUCAAUAAAUCAUGUUUUAUAUCAAUUUGAUGUGAAUAUGCAUAUUAAUAUUGUUGCUUUCACUCGUUCGGGUUUUCAUACACAAAUUGUCGGCCGUAACGUAAAACUUAUAUAUCGUAAGAACUGGCCAAUCACAUGAAGUAUUUUUGUACCGUAAAGUUAUCAUUUUUCGAAAAUACUAGACUGUAAUUGACCAAUUCUUACAGUAUUACGUCUUUACGUAUUACGUCUUACGUAUAGCUACGGCAAUUUGGAUGUGAAGAUUCUUACAGAAUUUCAAGCAAAAAUUAAAAGAUACAGCUAGAUCUAUUCGCUUUAGUUUCAGUGUUUGUACUUUCUUGCAAUCUUCCUCUUUCGUUCCCUCUGCGUUUUAAAUAUACACCUAUCUUAUUUGGUGUACAAAAUUAUAUAUACUUAUAGUUACAAAAAAUAUAAUAUACGACACAAAAGAAAGUAGACCCAUUAUUAGCAGUGAACAUAGUACAUGAUUCAUAACCUAUCCUACUCUAACCUUACCCUAACCUACAAUCACGUUACAAUAGUCACUUUAAAUGUAAAUACAAUGUGACAAGCCAUAUAUAAAAAUAUUUUCGAGAACUAAUUUGCUGAAGUGUGAGUCUAAAAACAUGACCGAGCAUUCAGAAUCCGUGGUAGUUAUCAAGGCGAAACCUGUUCGCAAGAUUUUCAAGGCUCCCGUGAGAGCUACCAAGAUCCCCGAGGAACUACUGAACGAUCCUCUGCUGAACUCUGCCAUUGCGGCUCUACCGUCAAAUUAUAAUUUCGAGAUACACAAGACGAUAUGGAGAAUCAAGGAGGUGAAGGCGAAGAGAGUCGCCCUCCAAAUGCCAGAAGGUCUGCUGAUGUUCGCUACAACCAUAGCUGACAUCAUCGAGCACUUUACUGAAGCAGAGACUGUUAUUUUGGCUGAUGUUACUUAUGGAGCCUGCUGUGUGGACGAUUACACAGCACGGGCAUUGGAUGCAGAUUUUUUGGUUCAUUACGGCCAUUCAUGUCUCAUACCUGUGGAUCAGACUGCUGGUAUCAAAGUGCUUUAUGUAUUUGUCAACAUAAAAAUUGAUAUCUCUCAUUGCGUGGAGUGUCUACAAGUCACACUGCCUAUCACUGCAAAACUGGCGUUGGUCAGUACGAUACAAUUUGCUACCAUGCUGCAGGCAGCAGCAUCAGAGCUGAGAAAAGCGGGGUACGAGGUCUCAGUACCACAGAGCAAGCCACUCAGUCCUGGAGAAAUCUUAGGUUGCACAGCGCCGCAAGUUCGCUGUGCCGACGCGGUGGUUUACAUAGGAGACGGUCGUUUCCAUCUGGAGGCUGCCAUGAUUGCCAAUCCGAAGCUAAAGGCAUUCAAGUACGAUCCAUACGCGAAGAAGUUAACUGAGGAAUUCUACGAUCACGAGAGAAUGCUGAAGACUAGACACAAGGCGAUACAACGCGCCGCAGAAACCGACAAAUACGGCCUAGUGCUCGGCACCCUCGGCAGACAAGGCAGGCCUAAUGUUCUGAAGACCCUGCAAAACAGAAUAGAGGCGUUAGGGAAGAAAACCGUUGUGAUACUGUUGUCGGAGAUCUUCCCGGGCAAAAUUCAGUUAUUUGAAGGCAUCGACGCUUUCAUACAAGUUGCAUGUCCACGAUUGAGCAUCGACUGGGGUGUCGCGUUCGAGAAGCCAUUUCUCACCCCUUAUGAAGGCGCGGUCGCCCUCAGGAUGGCGAGUUUCAACAAGGAGCGACCGUAUCCGAUGGACUUCUACGCCACGAUUAGUCUCGGGCCGUGGACCGCUAAUCACAAGGAGUCGGAGUUGAAAACGUCUGAUGCCUGUUGUGGUAAAUGUAAAAUGGAUAAAUAAAGGACCUGAUUAUCGCAAAUCUAUUCGUCUUCACGACUGUCAACUAAUCCCAUCUAAUCUACCGAAAUU